GUUAAAGUUACAGAGUAAAACAUUAACCCAACUCCCACUCUGGUCUCCCCUCUGAGUUCACACAUUUAUCCAUUUCCAGAGAUCAUCGGGCAGAGUGACAAGAACGGUUUAUCACAGCGACACACACAGAGGGACACUAUGCAGUGGGCAAUUAUCCUUCUCUCUGCUCUGCUGGGACUCGGGGCUUGUAACCCUGUCCAACCCGAAGAAACAAUCCCCGUCAAAGAGAAUUUUGAGCUCCAAAAGGUAAAGUGUUAAAUUAUAAUUUUUUUCUUUAUGGCACCAACAUAUCCUGCGGCGCUGCAUACUUUAAAGGAAGCAUGAGACCUGGUUUGAAAAACAGAUGCACAUCCUAUGACUUGUUAGGGAUGCUGACACACUUAAAUGUGAAUUGUUAGAAUUUAAAUUGAAUUUUAAGUGAAUUUAAGAUUUUUAGACCAAAGAAGCAUUAUGGGAGAUGCAAUCCACAAAAUCUGGAGUGCCGACGUUUGCCUAUCCCUGGACUAUCCAGUUAGUGUGAUGGGGUCACACAGAGAUAUAGUCACUAAGAAAGGAAAUGUUAUGGUUAUUGCCAAAAAUAUUACACAUUUUAGGAGUUGGAGAUUUUUCCCAAUUGAGCUAUUUUGAUUUAAAAUCUGCAGUUCCCUCAGCAAAGUCUCUUUUAGAGAAUAACCCACUCCGAAUUUCAAGUUUCCAUGUGAUAUUUGCAUUUUCUUGUGUCUAGUUCUGAACAUUUUAAAUACAAGAUAUUUAUUGGAAGCAGAAAAUACAGAUCAACUAAUUUUUUUAAUCUCUACCCACUUGGUCGAGCACUAAUCCACAAGAUUUUGACUCAAACAAGCAUUUGAUAUUUAAUUAACCGCAUAACAGGCAGAAUUAAUCCAAAAGUGUAUUCAAGCAGAGAUUUUAUUAUGCCUGAAAUACACAAUUAUUCCCCACAAGGAAAAUAGAUUUUAAAGAGGCAGUUUAUAAAGUCAGGACGCAGAUAACAUGUUUUAAGAAUGAGAGGUCUGUUCUUUAUUACCGGAUUAAAUAAUAACAUGCUUGAUAUUUGAUAAUUGGUUUAAUCUCAAGAAAUAUUUCACACGCAGUUUGUGAAUUUAAAAACUUGCCAUUAAAAGCUAAAAAUCCUGAUUUUUGCACAACAUGAGUAAGACGGCUAAGUAACAGAACUUGUGUUGAUUUGUUAAUUUGAACAAUUUAGGGACAAGAUCAAUAAGGUGAAAAAGAAAUGAUUUAAUUGUAUGAAAAAUAUAUGAAUUUUGUUGUGCAUACAUUUAUAAAUUGACAGUUUUUUUUUUUUGGUUCUAAUAUAUUUAAUAUUAAAUUAUUAGGAAAUCUUACCCAACAAUAUUAAAUUGAGGCCACUAUUUGGUUAAAUGAAUAACCGGGUCACCCACCAGCUAUAUAUUUUUUGCCUGUUCUGUGGUAGGUAGGUAGGUUUGUAAGUGUUAAACGGGCAGUUUAAACAGAAUUUUUACAUUUUGGCAUUACGUGCGGAGGCUAUACUUACAGUUUGACUAUUUUAGCCUAAAUUUUCAAAUUUGUCUUUGAAUUAGUUUCAAUUAAUAAUGAUUUGAUUUGCAUAGUUAAUAAACCUCACCGUUAAUCCAAGUGGGGAAUAACAGGACGAUUUCUGUCAUAUAAACGGAGCAGUCAGACCUCCAAAACCCAGCAGGGAAAGGUUUCAUUAUCGAGACACAUUAAUUUUUAUAUCUAGAUGUCAUUUCUCCACUAAUUCGUGAUAGGUUUUACAAUUAUCUUUAAAUGUAAUAUUGUAAUUCAGAUAUUCUCCGGCACUUUCUGCAUAGAAUUCCCAUUCAUUUUCUUCAACAUUGUUUGGUUUUAAAAAAAAAAACAACCAAAAAAACUAUAAUUCCCUUAUAAUUGGUUGAAAUUCUUCAAAUUUUCCAUUUUUUGUUCCUGAUCGCCCACUUUGCCCUAAAACAUUUGCAAUUCCUUAAUCAUGUCUCCUCAAUUUCCAGUUUAGUGAAUACACUGGUGUUAUUUAUUUCCACUGUGCCAGACAUUUUGUGUUUUUGUAAUAAGAUGUGCGUAGACUGGAAUUUUCAGUCUAAGCUAACAAAGGAUUUGAGUCGCUCCUUUCUGAUUAUUUUUCCCUUCUAGAUCUAUGGAAAAUGGUACGAUAUCGCCAUUGCUUCUACAUCCUCUUGGUUACAGAAGUACAAGGAUAAAUACUACAUGGGAACUCUGAUACUGAGCGAGGGAGAUACAGACGAAGGUGUCCAGACCGUGAGCACUCAUAUGCGGUAAAUAUUGGACUAGAUAUUCAUUAUAGACCUCUGUAGGUCUUCUUCCACCCAAUGUGGAGCUCAGGGAAAUGAUGCUUUAUUAGAGUAGUGGAUUUCUAGAGUCGGCUGCGGAAAUGGUAGAAAACUUUAAUUGUCCAAGAAUGAGAAUAUUUUAUCUGUUUGAAAUCACCGAAGCAUAUUGUACCAAUCAGGCACUGAUUUAUGGAAUAUCCAUUUUUGGUUCCGUGGAGAUCUCGAAGGAAAACAAACAUGUUACAUUGUAUAACUUUUUUUCCUUUUUUAAAUUGUUGAUUUAUUCUAGAAUUAAUGUGACAGAGUCCAAUUAAUGUCUUCAGAGCUUGAUGGCCACAAACAGACAUUUAGGCUUCUGGAGACCCCAGAAUAACCCAAUGUGCAGCAAACCUAAGUAACUGGCCUUCCUUGUUAUCCCCACAAUGUUGAAACAUUUCAGUUUUGGAGACACAGCAUUUCAUUGUUGUUAACACAGUUCUUGUGGCAUUCUGCCCGGUAGCCCCUAGAGGGUGCUUUCGCAGUGAAAGCAGAGUCUGACUCAGUUUGUCACUGAUAGAAGCAUUUGAUUAGGGCAUUGAGACAACUGCGGCACAUGCUCACAACGUCUGCAAUGCUUCCCAAUGAGAAGCAUUUAAUUGGACGAAAUAGAAAUCUAGCCAUAUUACCCCAGUGGAGGCGGACCAGGCUGCUCGAAAGAGGCAGUGUCAGUUCAGGAUUGCAAGUGAGUAUUUGGUUAAUAAAACCAGGGCCCCUAAAAUCUAAACAGCCUAACACUAGAGUCUAGCAUUUCACCUGUUUAAAGGUUUGUGAUCUAGCGAUCAGUGUGCUUGUCACUGAUGAAUGUCAGCUGUUACAUUGUGUACUUGAAGAUAUGUCAUUGACACGGCUCUGUGACAACUCCGAAAUCUCUUUCCUUGUUUUCCCCUCACAGACGCGGCACAUGUACCCAGCAUACUGGCGUAUAUAAGAAGACGGACAGACCGGGCAAAUUUAACUAUGAAAUUCCAUGUAAGUCAGCGCCACAUGGGUUUUAUUUUCAGAAGAUUUGGGAGCAGAUUUCACAUUAAAAGGGUCAAACUACACAUUUACUGAAAAACAUGGGGGUAAGGGGAACUACAGAUGGGUACAGUUUUAUUUUCACAAAGGGAAAGGAAAUGUGAGUAAACAGGUCAAUGCAGCGGAUCUCGGUAAGUUGGUUAAUGUAGCGCCUCUCGGUAAGUUGGUUAAUGUAGUGGCUCUCGGUAAGGUGGACAGUAUAGCGGUUCUCGGUAAGUUGCAUAGUGUAGCGUCUCUCGGUAAGUUGGUUAAUGUAGCGGUUCUCGGUAAGUUGGUUAAUGUAGCGGUUCUCGGUAAGUUGGAUAGCGUAGUGGAUCUUGGUAAGUUGGACAGUGUAGUGGAUCUCGGUAAGUUGAAUAGUGUAGUGGAUCUCGGUAAGUUGGAUAGUGUAAUGGAUCUCGGUAAGUUGGAUAAUGUAGUGGAUCUUGGUAAGUUGGAUAAUGUAGUGGAUCUCGGUAAGUUGGAUAAUGUAGUGGAUCUCGAUAAAUUGGAUAAUGUAGUGGAUCUCGGUAAGUUGGAUAGUGCAGUGGAUCUCGGUAAGUUGGAUAGUGUAGUGGAUCUUGGUAAAUUGGAUAGUGUAGUGGAUCUCGGUAAGUUGGAUAAUGUAGUGGAUCUCGGUAAGUUGGAUAGUAAAGUGGAUCUCGGUAAGUUGGAUAGUAAAGUGGAUCUCGGUAAGUUGGAUAAUGUAGUGGAUCUCGGUAAAUUGGAUAGUGUAGUGGAUCUCAGUAAGUUGGGUAGUGAAGUGGAUCUCGGUAAGUUGGAUAGUGAAGUGGAUCUCAGUAAGUUGGGUAGUGAAGUGGAUCUCGGUAAGUUGGAUAGUGAAGUGGAUCUCAGUAAGUUGGAUAGUGUAGUGGAUCUCGGUAAGUUGGAUAGUGUAGUGGAUCUCGGUAAGUUGGAUAAUGUAGUGGAUCUCGGUAAGUUGGAUAGUGUAGUGGAUCUCGGUAAGUUGGGUAGUGAAGUGGAUCUCGGUAAGUUGGGUAGUGAAGUGGAUCUCAGUAAGUUGGAUAGUGAAGUGGAUCUCGGUAAGUUAGAUAGUGAAGUGGAUCUCAGUAAGUUGGAUAAUGUAGUGGUUCUCGGUAAGUUGGAUAAUGUAGUGGAUCUCGGUAAGUUGGAUAGUGAAGUGGAUCUCGGUAAGUUGGACAGUGUAGCGGAUCUCGGUAAGUUGCUACACAGCCACUAGAGGCAGUCUUAACACUUCAGGGUUAAUAUGGAUGUUUCUAUAAAACUGUAAUGUUUUAGAUUGCAGGGUAAAGGGGACUGGGGACACUGCACCCAAAGCACUUCAAUUAAAUAAAGUGGUCUGGGUGCCUGCAGUGUCUCUUCAAAGUACAAAAUGUGUUCUGUAUUUUUUAUUGAGGUGAAAAAAGUCAGUUUUGUUUUUUUCUUUAUUCUUUUUUCAGCAAAGGGCUGGCACUUCGAGAAUUACGUUGUAUUUACCAACUAUGAUGAAUAUGCUAUUAUGCUCACAAUGAAGACAAAGAGCAGCGAAACCAAAAAGACGGUCAAGCUUUACGGUGAGUACAUUGAGGGCAAAUCGCUGGUCAGCAACCAGUGUACUUACGACUAGCCCAUCUCACAGACGGGAGAAAGACGGGGGGUCCUCUGUUUUAACUCUGACAAUUGUUUCCGCGUACAGGACGCACCCCAGAAGUACGGCAAAGUCUGAUUGAGGAGUUCCGGCAGUUUGCUUUGGAGCAAGGGAUUCCAGAGGAUUCAAUCUUCACUGUAAUCAAUAAUGGCAAGUAUAUGAGCAUUCCUCCAUUUCUAUUCUCCUAUACAUACCUGCCAAGUGUCCCUAUCUAGGAGGGACAGUCCCUAUUUUUGGCCCAAAUCCCUCUGUCACUCUUUUUUAUCCUAAUGUCUUUUUUAUCUAAGAGCUCCAUAUUGUUGAUGUGUCUGAGUGUAUAACAGAGCUCCACAGUAAUAAUACUCCCAGUAAUGUGUCAGAGUGUAUAACAGAGCUCCACAGCAAUAAUACUCCUAGUAAUGUGUCUGAGUGUAUAACAGAGCUCCACAGCAAUAAUACUCCCAGUAAUGUGUCUGAGUGUAUAACAGGGCUCCACGGCAAUAAUACUCCCAGUAAUGUGUCAGAGUGUAUAACAGAGCCCCACAGCAAUAAUACUCCCAGUAAUGUGUCUGAAUGUAUAACAGAGCCCCACAGUAAUAAUACUCCCAGUAAUGUGUCUGAGUGUAUAACAGAGCUCCACAGCAAUAAUACUCCCAGUAAUGUGUCAGCGUGUAUAACAGAGCUCCACAGUAAUAAUACUCCCAGUAAUGUGUCUGAGUGUAUAACAGAGCUCCACAGCAAUAAUACUCCCAGUAAUGUGCCUGAGUAUAUAACAGAGCUCCACAGCAAUAAUACUCCCAGUAAUGUGUCUGAGUGUAUAACAGAGCUCCACAGCAAUAAUACUCCCAGUAAUGUGUCUGAGUGUAUAACAGAGCUCCACAGCAAUAAUGCUCCCAGUAAUGUGUCUGUUUAACAGAACUCCACAGUAAUAAUAUUCACAGUAAUGUGCCUGAGAGUAUAACAGAGCUCCACAGCAAUAUUACUCCCAGUCAUAGGCGUGCGCAGCCUAUUGUAUAAGGGUGUGCACCCUAAAGCAGAAACACACACGAUGUGUAUAUAUGUAUAUAUAUAUCCACACACACACACAUGUAUACACAUUCACACACACACACUGCUGUGUGUGUGAGGGUGCUGUGUGUAAAGGCGCUGUGUGUGAGGGUGCUGUGUGUAAAGGCGCUGUGUGUGUGUGCGGGCACUGUGUGUGUGAAGGCGCUGUGUGUGUAAGGGUGCUGUUAGUGUGUGUGUGUAAGGGUGCUGUUAGUGUGUGCAUUAUGUGUGUGGGUGAGGGUGCUGUGUGUGUGUAAGGGUGCUGUUAGUGUGUGCUGUGUGUGUGUGUGAGGGUGCUGUGUGUGUAAGGGUGCUGUUAGUGUGUGUGUGUAAGGGUGAUGUGUGUGUAAGGGUGCUGUUAGUGUGUGCUGUGUGUGUGAGGGUGCUGUGUGUAAGGGUGAUUUGAUUUGAGGGUUUAAAUAGGGGAAUGAUGGAUUGUCAAUUUGAAAUUGGCGCCAAAAUGGCUUCACAGUCAUAACGAUAAUCUAUUGUAUACCUUUAAAAAUUAACAUUCUAUCUGUUGAAAGAGAUGGGAUUAAUAUAUUGGUUGUAUUUAUAUUUAAAAACGAAGCUUAUAUGUGAUAAAAACGUAUAUAUAGAAGUGGACAAUAAACAAACAAAUUUUUUUAUUUUUUUAUUUAAACAGACAACAUAGUCAUGGGUAGACAAAAAUAAUAAACUAAUCAUUUUUAAACCGGCAAAUAGCCUUAGGGAGAGACCUUACCCUGGGCUGGAUAAUAAAAAGGAAUAUUAUGGAAUAGGGAAAGUGGAUGGGAUAUUGGAGACACAUAUUUCAUGAUUAUUAGAAAAUAUAGCAAUAUAAGUAAAACAUCUUUAGAGUCCAUCUAUAUGUUGAGAGAGAUGGGAUUAAUAUAUUGGUUAUAUUUAUAUUUAAAAACUAAGCUUGUAUGUGAUAAAAAAAAACCCCGAUAUAUCGAAGUGGUCAUGUGACUAUGUACUUAUUUUGAAUGGCGGCGCCCAUCUUAGAUGACGACCGCGGGGAGUAUGGGUAGUGUAGUCCGCAUUGGAGGGAUAGAGACCGCGCUGGCAUGGGGAGGAGCUUAAAAAAAGUACUGUAUUAAUAGCGAGGCUAACAAGGCAUUUGCCUUGGGCGGCACUUUAAGUGGGGCGACAAAAAACGCUGGCCCCUUAAAUGCCCUGGCACAAGCCUUGUUAGCCUCUUUCAUGGGGGACCCAAAAGCUGGCCGGCUGGCCACCUCAGGAUCCCCAAGAGGCGCGCGGCUGCCAAUAUUCGGGUGGCGAGUGAGAGCCAUCCGCUCAGCUCCCUGGUGCGCCCAGAGGUGUUGCCGGAGCCGGAAUAUGCUGUCAUUCUGGCUCCCAGCAUCACUCAGAGGCGUGCGAGGGAGCUGAACAGGAAGAUUGCAGCUCCCUCGCCGCAUGCAUUGACCGGCUGCCCAUCCACCCUGUAACACAGGAGCCCAGCAGGGUGUAAGUGGAGCUGGUAGAGAGAAAGAGAGGAGACACUCUAGAAAGAGGUAAGAUAGAGCAGAAAUAAAAGUAGGAGCUUGAGGAGCAAGAGGCGAAUAAAUGGUUAAUGGAGGGGUGAAGAUAGAAGGAAGUGGAGUGAUAGUGAGAACGUUCAGUUUCACAUAGCCCAGUUCACUGUUUAGAGAACCCGGCUAUGUUCAGUUUUAGGCAAAGCCACGGUCGAGGACUCUCUCUCCUGGUCCUAACCCUACACCAGGCUUCCCCAAACUCCGGCCCUCCAGAUGUUACUGAACUACAACUCCCAUGAUUCUCAGCCUAUUUAUUUCAUUCAUAGAAUCAUGGGAGUUGUAGUUCAGCAACAUCAUGGGAGUUGUAGUUCAGCUUCCCUCAAGUGUUACUACUCCCGUGUCUGUCUCCCUCCAAGUCAACGGCGCUACCAUCACCUCUACCUCGCAGGCUCGCUGCCUGGGUGUUCUUUUCGAUUCCAACCUCUCCUUCACCCCUCAUGUCCAAUUAAUUGCUAAAUCCUGUCGCUUCCAUCUAAAAAACAUAGCGCGCAUUCGCCCCUAUUUAACCCCGAAUUCGGCUAAGGUGCUGAUCCAUGCUCUUGUUCUCUCUCGCCUUAAUCCCCUUCUCAGUGGUCUUAUGUGUUACCAGAUUGCACCGCUGCAAUCUAUAAUGAAUGCGGCGGCGAGACACAUUUUCCUGUCCGCUUGCACCUCCCACGCCUCCAUACAUGAUGCUGCUCCAACCUACCUAACCUCCCUAAUACACAAAUAUGCCCUGUGAAGGCCCCUGCGCUCUGCCAAAGACCUACGUAUAUCCUCUGUCCGUACUCCCUUUCCUUUUCCGUAAGACUUUCACCCAGUCUCCACUCAUUCAAAAAAAUCAUUGAAAACUCACUUCUUCAAGAGAGCAUAUCAAUUAAACUGUUAGCAGGUUUUUAUCCCCCACCAUCCAUGACUCCUGUCCUGCAACUGUCAAAAAUUACCUACUAAGCCCUCAGUGAAUACUUUUCUAACAACCUACUUCGUACCCCUACUUUUACCCUCUGUGUCACUAUACCCCACUCCCUCUAGAAUGUAAGCUCAUGGAGCAGGGCCCUCCACCUCUCUGUUCCUGUACGUCCAGUUGUCUGGUUACAAUUACAUGUCUGUAAGUCCACCCAUUGUACAGCGCUACGGAAUGUGAUGGCGCUAUAUAAAUAAUAAUAAUGUGUAUCAGUGAGAUUGUCUGUAUGUGAACCUGUGUAUCAAUGAGCUUGUGUGCUUUUGUCAGUGAGAUUGUCUGUCUGUAUGUGAGUAUGCUUACUGUAUAAUUACAUUUUUUACACUGACAGAACCAAUAUUUUGAAUUAGAAAAAGAAACAUACCAAUAAAAUAUAUAUACACACUAUACGGCAAAAUGGCUUAUGGGGCUGGCAUAAAUUUUUUUUUUCCAACAAAAAAUUUAUGCCAGCCCCAUAAGCCAUUUUGCCAUAUAGUGUGUGUGUAUAUAUUUUUUAUUGGUAUGUUUCUUUUUCUAAUUCAAAAUAUUGGUUCUGUCAGUGUAAAAAAUGUAAUUAUACAGUCUCCCCAGUCCGGCCCUGCAAAAAGGGGCCGAGCAUGGAUGUCAUUACAAUCAUGCCCCCCGGAAAAAUUUCUGCAGACGCCCAUGCUCCUAUAUACGAAUACGAGUGGGACUCUCUUUUCCUAUAUGAUAUCCUUGGAUAUCCUCCAAAAUAGGCAUGCCUCUGUCAAUGUCCUCCUGAAUAUUGGCAUGUCUCCUCUUAUAGAAUCACACAGAUCUUAUAUAUAAUAUAUCUUACUAAAUACAAGCAUGUCUUCUCUUACACCUUCCUAAAUAUCAGCAUUCCUUACUGUAUCUGGCCUUCAGACAAUGACAGGAUCGUCUCCUCACACUAACCUUCCCACCUACCUAACCAAGCCUUAUGUAGUGCACUGACUUGGUUUGAUGCUGUGUCUAUAAUCCAUUUGCCACAGACUGCAUUAGGUCAUGUUUUUCAGGAACAGUUAGAUUUGGUAAUUAACACUCCAAACCAUAACCUGAAUAUCAGUCAUGAAUUCAUUCUUCUGAUGUGGCCUCCAUUUCUUUCACUCCACAGGCGAAUGCACCCCAGGGGAUUUGGAGGUGACUCCCAGAGUAAGUAUUCAUGAGAAACCAUCAAUCAUAAUGGCACUGGGAAGAGAUGCUUAUAAUUUUUUUAGCCUGACCUAUAAGAUGGACCAGUGGGCUCGGACACGUUUUGGCAGGUAGACAGGAUGAUAGGGUGAAAAAAAUCUUCAGCAGUCCUUUCAUUAGGAUGAAUUACCAAAACGGCCCCCAAAUGCAGCAACAAAAAUUAUUAGAGAAGCAAAUCAAAAUGUAUUAUUAUUAUUAUUGCCAUUUACAUAGCGCCAACAGAUUCCAUAGCGCUUUACAAUAUUAUGAGAGGGGAUUUAACUAUAAAUAGGACAAUUACAAAUAAACUUACAGGAACAAUAGGUUGAAGAGGACCCUGCUCAAUCGAGCUUACAUUCUAUAGGAUAUGGAUUCUAUGUAUAUGUAUGAACACACGUUCUGGGUGCACAUGGGUCCCACCAUUUUAUCUUGUUACUUUUUUCCACAGAGAGCUAGACGAGAUAUUCUGCCUCAAGGAAUCUUGCCUCAAGAAGAGGAGGGUUCUGGGGACAAUACCCCCAUAAUAAAAAACAAUGGAGGUGGGUACACUGUGUACAUCGAAUGUUACAUUUUAAAUCAAUUCUUUAAAAAGAUUGGGGAUUAUCAUUAUGUGUUGUCCGCGCUGGUUCCACUGGUUUCUGUUGUGAUUGCCCCACUUUUAGUAUAAACCACUUUUCUGAACACUAUUUAUACAUAACUCCCAAUGUUUAUUUAUAUAAAACUUCCCUCUAUUUUUUCUUAAUGUGACGGUUUUGGCCUAAAAUCCUAAAAAUUCCUUUGAUGUUAACCCCUUAAUAUAAAAAGUGGAAGAACUAUUUAACCAUUUAUAACUGUUGUCCCGUUGACCUCAUUCCAGACUCCUGCCGGCUGGCCGUAGAGAGGGGACCCUGUCUAGGGUCACAUUUGAACUAUUUCUACAAUUCUUCCUCUAUGGCCUGUGAAAUGUUUACAUAUGGAGGUUGCCUUGGCAACAGCAACAACUUUGGCUCGGAGAAAGAAUGUCUUCAGCGAUGCAGGACGGAAGGUGAGUUUGCGAUGUCUGGGGUGUGGUGGGAUAAGACUAUUGUAAUUGGCCAUCAAACACUCUCCGUCUCCGAGAUUAUUUAAAUCCUUUCAACACCCAAGGGGUGUACAACCGCUUUUAAAGGGCAAAUGCAGAUAUCCUACACCCCUCCCCCCCUCACUCCAAUGGGUACAGGACACGCUAAAGAUGCCCUGUAGGUAAGGGUGAGGUCCUGUAUGGUCUGCUUUUCAGUUGUUUAAAUGGGGGCCUGCAAAUCUGAUGGCGAUUUCCAAGAAAAAAAAUAAAAAAAUACUGAUAUGGUGGUGGGAUACUGUGACACGGUAGUCGGAUCCUGUAACACGGUGGUGGGAUCCUGUGACACGGUGGUGGGAUACUGUGACACGGUAGUGGGAUCCUGUGACACGGUGGUGGGAUCCUGUAAUCCUGUGAUAUGGUGGUGGGAUCAUGUGAUAUGGUAUUGGGAUCCUGUGACAUGGUGUCGAAUCCCGUAACAUGGUAGUGGGAUCCUGUAACACGGUGGUAGGAUCCUGUGACACGGUGGUGGGAUCCUGUGAGAUGGUAGCGGGAUCCUGUGAGAUGGUGGUGGGAACAUGUGACAUGGUGGUGAGAUACUGUGACAUGGUGAUGGGAUCCUGUAACAUGGUGGUGGGAUCCUGUGACACGGUGGUGUGAUCCUGUGACAUGGUGGUGGGAACAUGUGAUAUGGUAUUGGAUCCUGUGACAUGGUGGUGAGAUACUGUGACAUGGUGAUGGGAUCCUGUGACACGGUAGUGGGAUCCUGUGACAUGGUGGUGGGAACAUGUGAUAUGGUAUUGGAUCCUGUGACAUGGUGGUGAGAUACUGUGACAUGGUGAUGGGAUCAUGUGAUAUGGUAGUGGAAUCCUGUGAUCCUGUGACAUGGUGGUGGGAACAUGUGAUAUGGUAUUGGAUCCUGUGACAUGGUGGUGGGAACAUGUGAUAUGGUAUUGGAUCCUGUGACAUAGUGAUGGGAUCCUGACACAUGUUGGUGGGAACAUGUGAUAUGGUAUUGGAUCCUGUAACACGGUGGUGGGAUCCUGUGACAUGGUGAUGGGAUCCUGUGACAUGGUGGUGGGAUCCUGUGAUAUUGUGGUGGGAUCAUGUGAUAUGGUAGUGGGAUCCUGUGAUCCUGUGACAUGGUGGUGGGAACAUGUGAUAUGGUAUUGGAUCCUGUGACAUAGUGAUGGGAUCCUGUGACAUGUUGGUGGGAACAUGUGAUAUGGUAUUGGAUCCUGUAACACGGUGGUGGGAUCCUGUGACACGGUGGUGGGAUCCUGUGAUAUUGUGGUGGGAUCCUGUGAUAUGGUAGUGGGAUCCUGUGAUAUGGUGGUGGGAACAUGUGAUAUGGUAUUGGAGCCUGUGACAUGCUGGUGGGAUACUGUGAUAUGGUGGUGGGAUCAUGUGACAUGGCGGUGGGCUUAGCACGACAUGCCCAGAUUUUGUAACUGAAUAUCCAGAUUUAUUUGCUACUUCCUAUUCACGUGUCUGUAAACACUGCUGGACUAUCUCAGAUCUCCCCAUUUUUCUCCCAUUUAGCCGCCUGCCGUUUGCCGAUAGUCACCGGCUCAUGCAAGCAGUCACAGACACUUUGGGCCUUUGAUGCCGCACAGGGUAAAUGCAUUACUUUCACCUACGGUGGCUGCCGUGGCAACGGGAACAAGUUUUAUACUGAAAAGGAAUGCAAGGAGUACUGUGGAGUAACAGGAAAUGGUAAGUGAACGAGGGGCUGACAGCCAGUCACGCAGAGUCUGGUAUUCCAGCGGCCGUAACGCUCGAUUUUAUAUUUAUUUAAACCUAAAUAAAGUUUGAGAGUUUUUGGCUAUUUUGCAGGUCAGUUGUCCUACUGCUCACUAAAUGUCCAAUUACAACAAUCCACAUAGCGCCAACAUAUUCCACAGUGCUGUACAAUAGGUAAACAAGACAAAGAUUUAAUUCUAACAAAACAUAGGACGUAUGGGAACAGUAAGUGAAGAAGGCUCUGCCCAAACUAGCUUAGAGGGUGAGAGGAAAAACAACAACCCACAAACCCAAUAAACCCCAAAACGUUCAUCUUUGCUGCAGGAAGAAAUAUCUCCGCUAAAUGCAGCGAGUCCCUCUGCCUUGUGCAGAGUGAAUGUUAGUGACAUCAUCGCUUUCUGCAUGGUUUAACAUGUACAGUGCUGUGAAUAGCAAGCAGGGUGGGGGAAGGGGGAUCAAGCCACACAGCAAGACUCUCAGCAGCCAGCAAAGCCUUCUUCAGAGCCAGAGCCCUGCUUUCAGCCGGGAUAUUAUAACGUCUAUUGACAGAAGUUUAACCCCGUAAGGACCAAACUUCUGGAAUAAAAGGGAAUCAUGACAUGUCACACAUGUCAUGUGUCCUUAAGGGGUUAAACAUCACAUCGAGGUGAAUGUAACAUGGGGGAUUUUUUCCAAAUCUCAGUUGCAAAAUGCAGGCUAAAAACGAUUAACUCUGUUACUGUCCCGGGUUGGCUAUUUCAGCCUGUUUGCAUUUCCAUCGACAACAUUUCAAUGUUUAGUGAAUAAACCCUGGAGUCAUUACGUUAAUUUUCUGCUGGCGAUUGAGAAAUCUGCAUUCCUCAAAACACCAGCGAAUUCAUUACAAACAGCCAAGAACGUGCAGGGUUAUUCACUAGAGUGAGAAUUUCAAAUUUAAGGCCAAAGUAGCUGAUAUGGAAGCAUACCUGAGAUUUCUCUUUUUCCAGAUGGGCUAGUUUGACCUUAAAUUUGAAUUCUUACUUUGAUAAAUAUCCCUGUUUGUGUACAUUCCUAUGAAUACAAUGUGUCACAGGAUUGCAUUUCACCUACAGUUGGCUCCUGAAGUUCUCAAAUGAUGGACAGAAUUAAGAACAUGGGCCCCUAAUGAUAUCGCUCUUAUCACGCUGUUAUUAUGUAAUUAUUUAUUGUGAAUGUUCUGCUUCCUUUCAGGCGAUGACGACAUUUUGAGUUAAUGUAAAACGAGACACAUACAGCUGGAGAGUGCCGUGGCUUAGACCAGCAUCGUGGAUCACUGUGCCAGGACACUGAACAAGUUAUAAACCGGAUUAACUGUUUGCAAACUAUACCACAUCACCUGUGUAAUAGCAAGCGUCUUAAAAUGCUCUGAAACUCAAAGUGUUAAAUGAACAGGUUAAUCUUAGCAGGGUGUGGGGUGACAUUGUGGGGUAUUAGAGUAGAAUGGGUCACAGUCAUUUAGCACAAAAUGCUUUGCAAUAAAACUAUACUUCAGUCAUGUGUUACAGUUUCUGUUUAAUGUAGAUUUAUUUUUUAAUGUCUCUGGAAUACAUUAAAGCUAUGACACGGUUUGUGUUUUGACCCUUUAAUUCCGAAGUGUCACUUGUGAGAUUUUUG